UGUAACUGCAACCACUUGGAAAGAAGGAAGCGGAAGUAAGAGGAGAAUACACCAGAGCAAGCGCAUCCUCAUGAUCAAGGAUGGUUCCAGAGGUUAGCAAGGAACCAUGCCCUGGUGAAAAGUGAGAGUUUAUUCUCUUCUUGGAGCACCUAAAAGAAAUAUCAACCCCUUCUACUAUGUCAUCCAUCCAGCCGUUCAGGGAAGAUGGACAUUCUGGAACAGAUGGUAAAAGAAUAUAAUAUCAACAGCUGUGAUCAAGCAUGUUUACCAAUGAAGAGAGAGAGCUGAUUAUUGGUGUCGCGGGCUGAAAGAUUGCCUUCAGGUUCCAAGCUAAAUGGAUGUCAGUUCCAACACAGUGGUUGUUACAGGCUUUGGUGCCUUCCGGCAGUAUUUAGUUAACUCCAGCUGGGAAGCUGCAAAGGAGCUGUUGAAACUUGGCCUUGGUAAAGAUGUAAAUGUGCAUAUCAUAGAAUUGCCAGUGGCCUACCAAAAGGCUAAAGAAAAGAUCUGCAAAGCAUGGGCAACCCUUAAUCCCCAGUUUAUGAUUCACCUUGGGCUCGCUGCCACCUCAAAAGGAACCAUAAUUCUGGAGCAAUGUGGGAAGAACAAAGGCUAUAAGGACACGGAUGUUUGUGGGUUUUGUCCAGAAGACAAUUGUUGCCUCGAGGGUCCAGAAAGGAUUGAGUCUAUCAUUAACAUGAAGAGAGUCUGGAAAAACCUUCGGAUGGAAGGGCUGGAUGUCAUUUUUUCCAGGGAUGCAGGAAGGUACCUCUGUGAUUACGUCUACUAUACCUCACUUUAUUACGGUAACAGAAGAGCAGCGUUCAUCCAUGUGCCUCCUCUAACCAAGUUGGUAACGGCAGAAUUUCUGGGAAAUGUACUACAGAAAAUUAUCUUUGAGGUGUUAGAGCAAUGCAGGUCAGAAAAUGUGUGAAUAAAUGAAGUCACUGGGUUUUGGCAGAUUUAAAUUUUGUCCAGAUGCAAUGGAAACAUCCUAAAAUAGCAAAUUAAAGCACAGCAAUCCAGGGACCGCUGGAUUGGGCAAAUCGCACUCUCUCAGCCUCAGAGGAUGGCAGUGGCAAACCUCUGAAGAAAUCAUGCUAAGGAGACCCCGUGAUAGGUUUGCUUCUGGGUCGCUGUAAGUCAAACAUGACUUGGAAGCACAUAACAAAGCAAGCACCAGAGGUCCAGGUGCCAAUUUGCAGCCCAAAGGAACCACUAUGAAUCCCUUCCAGCCCUCCUACUAGAAAUAGACUUGUGCACAGCUGACUUGUGCACCUGGUGGCCCAAAAAACAUGCUGUAGCUUGCCUCCAUUUUUUAAACCGCUCACCAUUUUGACAAAGUGGUGCCAAACUGGAUUGUUUUUGCAGUGCAGAUGCAACCAUGAUGUAAUGACAGAUACAGACUUUCUAACACUGUGACCCCAGUUGUACCUUGGAAGUGUCUUUCACAUACUGUAGUAAACGAAAGGAAACACACUAAGCACAAAUGCAUACAGAA